AUGCAACAGCAGAGGAAUGAUGAACUUUUGAGCGUGCAUCAAAAUUCAACUUGUGGUGCUGCUGAAAAUAUUGGAACUGCUGCAAAAACUAAUGGCAUAAUGCAUGAACCUGUACGUGAUGAUAGACCCAAUGCAUUCAGUAACAACAUCUCAUUUGUUCUCUCUUGCAUACAAACAGUAGUUGAUAUUCCUUCUCAAAGCAGAAAAAUUGAUGUUCCUCCUAAUAUUUACUUGGAGUCACGUUCUGCAAUGGGUGAUGCAUUUGUUUUGUCAUUUAGUAGUGUGGAGUCUAACACACAACCUCUUAAUGAACCUCUUCUGGAUGCUGACACUACUUCAUUUGGAUUUCUUAGGGAGAUGCCUCAAAAUUUUGGUUUCUCAAACUUAACUGCUAAUUUCACUAAUAGUUCUGGUACGUAUCUUCCUCUUCCCAGUUUCUCUGUAAUUUCACGGCAUCUCUGGAUUCUGUGCUUUUCUACUUUUAAAGUUUUAGGUAUUAAAAUGAGCUGGUAUGAUGCUAAUCAGCAG